AUCACUGAGUGUAUUAUUUUUAGAUUUCACGCAGGUGAAGUCGCGAGCUAAAACUAGUUAACUUAUAACCGUAAUACUUUAUUGAACCGAGAUGUGAACAUGACAUUUGAAUUGACGUCAUAAUGCGGGCGGGUUGAAAACAUUUUCCUUAUCAUGCAAACCUUUUCAGCAGUGAUUGUAGCGGCCGCUAUUCUCUUAUCAACAUUUGAUGUGCUAAUGAAGCAUUUAAAACAAUUAAUAGCACCGCGAAUGUUUCACACGACGCGUAAAUGUCACCCGUCGAUCGCGUCUUGGCGGGAAAACUGACAGAACGUUGUUUUUGAUUGCGAUUAACUUUUUUUUUAAAAGUCAAAUGUUUUGGUGAUCGGUAUAAAGUUUUGGUUUAUAAAAAUUGUUAUUGAAGAGUUUAUACAGCAGUUAGUCAAGAUGAUAUUCACAACUUUAUGUUUCCUGCUCGCUGUUGUUAAUAACGGCCGGACGCAAAAUCCUAAUUGUGAUUUUACUCAAAACGUGGAACCAAACCGCGUGUACUACGUAUACAGCCCUGGCUAUCCCCGUAACUACACCCCGGGGGUGCAGUGUCGAUGGAUCGGCAUCUGUCCUACUGGCUACAACUGCAAGCUCGACUGUCCCGAAAUUAAUCUACCUCAGAGCAACAUGUGUUCGAUGGACCGUCUACUGAUAUCUAGAACUGGAGAUCCUCAGUUGUCGUCAUCAGAGUACUACUGCGGCAGAGGCACGCUCAGCGUAACAUCUGUAGCACAGAGGAUAUCAAUAGGUUUGAUAUCAUCAUACUAUAGCAGCGGGGGCCGUUUUUAUUGUCAGCUGACAGCGCAACAAGCGGCUAUCACACCUACACCAUGUCGCUGCGGAUACAAGAAAUCGAACCGUAUAGUAGGUGGUCAGGAGACGGGCGUGAACGAGUUCCCCAUGAUGGCGGGUGUGGUGUACGUUGACAUCAGACAGAUAAAGUGUGGCGGCGUCAUAAUAAGCGCCCGUCAUAUUCUGACAGCUGCCCAUUGCGUCAUCAGACGGACUGUCAACGAUAUCGCCGUUGUUGUUGGAGAACAUGACGUCAAUGUAGGCGACUCGCCGGCCACGCAGGGCUUCAGAGUCAUUGACAUCAGGAUACAUCCAUUGUACAAUUUGUCAACCUAUGACAAUGACAUCGCAAUCCUAACUCUACAGCAGGAUAUUGCGUUCAGCGACCGCGUGGGACCUGUCUGUCUGCCAUUCAAGUUUCUUAAUAACAACUUCGCCGGAAAUAAAGUCACCGUCCUAGGUUGGGGUACUCUGUUCCCUGGCGGGCCGACCUCCAACGUGCUGCAGAAGGUGGACCUGGACGUGAUCAGCCAGGCCACCUGCCGCCGCACUGAGCCGCUGCUCACACCACGACAGAUGUGCACAUACACUCCUGGCAAGGACUCCUGUCAGGACGACUCCGGCGGUCCUCUGUUAUACACGGAUCCGUCAAACGGCCUUCUUUAUAGCGUGGGUCUCGUCAGUUACGGCGCGUUCUGCGCGUCAGGCUCGCCCGCCGUCAACACGCGCGUCACGUCAUUCCUAGACUGGAUCGUCGCUACCACACAGGCCGAUUUCUGCAGAAUAUAAUAAAUUAUUAUUUGAAAA